AUGGCGGCCAGGCACAUCCGGGCGCUGCGCGGCGCCGCGCUCGUGAGGCGACCCCCCGCCGUCCCGCCGCUAAGGCCCCCGCGGGCCGGAGCGCGGCUCCCACAGCAGCGCGGCUUCACCCUCUGCUGCACGCCCGAGGGGGACGGCAGCCGCUCCGCGCCCGGCGAGCAGGGCAGGCCCGAGGGAGCGGCGGCGCGCCCGGCGGGCGAGGAGUUAACGGCGGCGGAGCGGCGCAUCGCGGAGCUGCACGCGGCGGCCUGCGCGGCUGGCCAGCUAAACUACGUGGACCCAGCUACUGGCUUCGUGGUGCUCACAGAAGUCGCACACUUGCAGAGAGGGGAGUGCUGUGGUUCUGCCUGCAGACACUGUCCAUAUGGUCAAGUCAAUGUUAAAGAUCCAUCUAAAAAGAAGCAAUUCAACUCAUAUUUUUAUGUUUGACAACAAUUUCAUCUCUCUUCUUUGUCUAGUUGAACUUGUACUUUUUAAAAAAUAAAGUCCUAAUCGAGAAUUGCUUUCUGUGCUGUUAGUAUUUGAACACUAGUUUAAUCUUAAAUGCAUAUAUUAAAAGAACAUCAAUAAAAUGAAAAAUCUA